AUGGACUUCACCGGGCCGGUGGGCAGGAUAGUGGACGACCCGCAGGAGGCCCGCGCCAUCGCCGUGGCCGAGGGCUACUCGUGGAAGAAACGCUGGAGGCCGGCGGUGCGGAUGCAGAACGGCAACAGCGCCCACGCGUUGGAGAACGGCAUCCACAUGCUGCAGCCGUGGUUCCACAGCGGCAUGAGCCGCGACCAGGCCAGCGAGUUGGUCAACAGACACGGCUCUGACGGUCCUGGAGCCUUCGUGCUCACCUGCAAGGCUCUCGGUAAAAUCCUGCACGUGCCCAUUUCGCCUCUCAUAGACCCAGUGAGGGAGGCACACGUAUACUCCUUGGACAGCGGCGUUACGAAGUUCUACGACCUAUUGCAGCUGGUAGAGUUCUAUCAGCUGAAUGCCGGUUGCCUACCCACAAGAUUAACGCACUACGUCGUCCACACGUCGGAUGGAACUUCGGGAAACAGACUUGCACCGGCAAAUUAG